CUCUCGCGAGAUGAGACGGGGCGGGGGCGGCUCCUGAGGAGGAGGAAGAAGAAGAAGGCUCGCCGUCCGGGUUCGUCGCCAUGACCGCGCUUCGGGGCUUCCUCAGGGCGCAGCGCCUGGGGCGGAGAGCGGUUUCAUUGCUUCACCGGUUUCAGAGUACGCUGGUAAUUGCUGAACACGCCAACGAGGCCCUGACACCAAUUACUUUGAACACCAUUACUGCGGCAAAACGACUCGGGGGUGAAGUCUCCUGUUUAGUAGCAGGGACCAAUUGUGAAAAGGUGGCACAAGAGCUGAGCAAAGUACCGGGAGUUUCUAAAGUGCUUUUUGCCCAACACGAUGCAUAUAAAGGACUUCUGGCUGAGGAACUGACGCCCCUGAUUUUGGAAAUUCAGAAAAAGCUCAGUUGCACGCACAUCUGUGCCGGAGCAUCUGCCUUUGGGAAGAACCUGCUUCCCAGAGUGGCAGCUAAGUUGGAUGUCGCUCCCAUCUCAGAGAUCAUCGAAAUCAAGUCACCCGAUACUUUUGUGAGGACUAUUUAUGCAGGCAAUGCUCUGUGCACUGUGAAGUGUGAUGAGAAAAUCAAGGUCCUUUCUGUCCGAGGGACGUCCUUUGAGGCUGCCCCAACGAGUGGGGGCAGCGCAGCCAUAGAAAAAAUAUCGGCCCCUGCACCUGUUGGCCAAUCGGAAUGGAUUGAGCAGAAAUUAACCAAAAGUGACCGGCCAGAGCUUACUAGUGCAAAAGUGGUUGUAUCAGGUGGGCGAGGCUUGAAGAGCGGCGAUAACUUUAAGCUGUUGUACGACCUGGCUGAUCAGUUGCACGCCGCAGUUGGUGCUUCUCGAGCAGCGGUGGAUGCCGGCUUUGUCCCCAACGACAUGCAAGUUGGACAGACGGGCAAAAUCGUAGCGCCGGAAUUAUAUAUUGCUGUAGGAAUAUCCGGAGCCAUUCAGCAUUUGGCUGGAAUGAAAGACAGUAAGACCAUCGUUGCCAUCAACAAAGACCCUGAAGCUCCCAUAUUCCAAGUUGCAGACUAUGGUAUCGUAGCUGACCUGUUCAAGGUGGUUCCCGAAAUGACAGCAGCAUUAAAAAAAUGAAAGCUAUUCCACGUUAGGGAAGGAAGGAGUAUUUCUUCACACAAAGAGGAAUUGUUUUUAAGCAGUUUAAAUUAUGUUUUAUCAAACUAGAAAUGUUAAAAUUGCCAAAACCAAAAUUGCCAAUGACGAUCUUGCAAUACAUCCAUUUUUGCCCUUUUCAUUUCCAUUUGGCUUCGUUAUUUCCCGAACUCUUUUUUCUAAUUCUCUAAUAAACACACAUCCGCUGUAUUUUGUAUUA